AUGGCAGGCUCCGAGGAAACCGAGAGGCCAGCCUCACCACACAUUGCGCUCCCUGACAAAGGCACCACAUCACCCAAGGCCGAAGAUCAGUCAAGUCCCGGCAUCAGGAAUAGCAAGGGCUGGGACGGAAAGCUGCGUGUCGAGCGCACCGCCACGCUCGCGAACCCGGAGAUUCUCGAAUCAGAACCCGAGUCUGACGAUGAGAAUGUUUUGCCUGGCGAGGAGCUGCCCGCAGACGAAGAUCUCCUAGACGGAGAGGACCCGGACAUUGACGAAAUCAUCGUGUCUCACUCGCGCGUGGGCUCCAUCCCCGCUCUCCGCCUCGAGCGCUUCCAAAAGGUGAUACGCCUCUGCCUGCGCCAGAACAGCAUCCAGAGCAUCGACGGCCUCGCGGCGCUCGCCCCGACGCUGCAGGACCUCGACCUCUACGACAACCUCAUCAGCCACAUCCGCGGCCUCGACGAGCUCACGCACCUGACGAGCCUCGACCUCAGUUUCAACAAGAUCAAGCACAUCAAGAACAUCAGCCAUCUGACCAAGCUCAAGGAGGUCUUCUUCGUCGCCAACAAGAUCAGCAAGAUCGAGGGGCUCGACACCCUGACGGGCCUGACGAGCCUCGAGCUCGGCUCCAACCGCAUCCGCACCCUCGAGAACCUCGACGCGCUGCAGAACCUGGAGGAGCUCUGGGUCGCCAAGAACAAGAUUACCGCCCUCGACGGCCUCGCCGCCCUGCCCAAGCUCCGCCUCCUGAGCAUUCAGUCGAACCGCAUCCGCGACCUGAGCCCUCUCGCGGACGUCACGGGCCUCGAGGAGCUCUACAUCUCCCACAACGCCCUGACCUCCCUCGACGGCCUCGCCGCCAACAAGGCCCUCCGCGUGCUCGACAUCUCCAACAACGCCGUCGCCUCGGUCCAGGGCCUCGCACCACUGGCCGCCCUCGAGGAGUUCUGGGCCAGCUACAACCAGAUUGCCGACUUUAACGAGGUAGAGCGCGAGCUGCGCGACAAGGCGGGGCUGACGACCGUCUACUUUGAGGGCAACCCGCUCCAGCUAAGGGGCCCCGCCGUGUACAGGAACAAGGUCCGCCUGGCGCUGCCGCAGUUAUCGCAGAUAGAUGCCACUUUUGUCAAGACGUGA